AUGCGCGUGCUCCUCGUCGAAGACAACAGGCUGAAUCAGCAAGUGGCGAUUCACUCGAUGAAAAGAUGUAACGUAUUCGUCGAUGUCGCUGAGAAUGGUUUGAUCGCGACGCACAAAGUCGAAGACACCAUUCGUGGGAACUCCAAACCUUACGACGUCAUUUUCAUGGACAUGAUGAUGCCCGUGAUGGAUGGAAACGACGCGACGAGGCGAAUUCGCGAGAUGGAACAAAGCGCCCCGCCUGGGUACAAGCGUAAUCUGAUCGUCGCCUUGAGCGCAAACGUCGGACCCGAGCAUACACUUGCGGUCACGGAAGCUGGAUGUGAUGGUUCACUCGGGAAACCA